AUCUUGACGCCUGCAGCCAGCCAUCUCUCCUCUCAUCUCUGUCACGCAACACAGAGUCUCAGUAGUAAAACCCGUGCCCGACAGGCAAAGAACUUCAAAUGGCAUUCUGCCAAACGAUAGCGCGUAGCCUACGGGCAGGCAGGAACGCGGCCGCGGCCGUGCCGCUGCCGAAGCCUCCGCCUCCCAUUGUUCCCAGCCCGGCGCGACGGACGCUGCCGAUAGUGCCCGCGGCCGUGGAAGACUGCCCGCCUCUCGCAUUCCUGCGGCCCCGCCCAGCCACGGUCCGCGCCUACUCCACCGUGUCCGUCCCGCUCCCGCACCACUGCUUCCCCGCGUUCCCCGUCGGCGACAAGCUGUUUGACGGCCUCCGCCUCAACGGGCUCAUCACGCCGCCCAGCGCCGUGGCUUGGACGGCGCCUGAUCAUCAUCAGGAGACGUCGGGCGUGACGCUGCAGGAGGCCAGGAAGGUGGCGAGGGCGGCGGAGAUGGAGCUGGCGCGCGCCACGCUGAGAUCCAACACCGAGAGCGUCGUGUCCGGGUCGGCAUACGCCGCGCUCUGCGUGGACAUGGCCGGCGGCGCCGAGGCCGGCGGGCGCAGGCUGGCCAGGGCGCUCGACGAUGCCGGCGUCGUCAUCGUCCUCGGCGACGCCGUCUUCCUCCGCCCCGACAUGGUGGCCAAAGCCAUCGGGACCAUCCUUCCUGGGGCCGCUCGAGGCGACGAGGCGCGGCGCGUGCUGCGCGAGAAGAAAGAGCUGGAGGCGAUGGAGGCAGAGAAGGCGGCCAUCGACGCGAGGGCCGCGGCCCAGGUGCGCGGGGAGCUGUGGUGCGGGCUGGGCCUCCUGGCGGCGCAGACGCUGGGCUUCAUGCGGCUCACCUUCUGGGAGCUGUCGUGGGACGUCAUGGAGCCCGUCUGCUUCUUCGUCACGUCGCUCUACUUCAUGUCCGGGUACGCCUUCUUCAUGCGCACGGCCGCGGAGCCGUCCUUCGAGGGGUUCUACCGGAGCCGCUUCGAGUCGAGGCGGCGCCGCCUCAUGCGGGACCGCCGGUUCGACGUCGCCCGGUACAACGCUCUCAAGCACGGCGCGGGGUCCGCCGGUUAUGCGGGGCAGAGCGAUCCCCUGUUCAGGCACGUCACGCCAUCAUCGUGUACAUCAGUGGCGGCGUCGGUCCUCUAGGAAACUCUGUUUCGUGUUAACUAGUUUGAGACGUGUAUAGAUUGUAGAGUCCGGUGCUUGUCAGGGUUGGAUCAGGUGGUCCGUGUCGCACGGUCAAAUUCACUCAUCGUUUGAGUUUGUUUGCCAAAUUCACAGUUUUUAUCGUGAAAACUUGAACGAACUUUACAUGCUGAAAA